AUGGUGGUGCCUAGUUAUGCAGGAAUUGCAAGCUUUGAGACCACAUUCGGAAACAACAUGGCCGAACAGAUAUUGAAAGUGGGUGUGACUGUUCAGCGUUAUGUAAGCUUCAGGAAUGCUAGACCGUGGGUGACACAUGCUUACAAGAAUGUGAAGGGGCGAGGAGUGCGACAGACAACCCAGGUAGAUGACUUGUUUGAUGCUGACAGUCAGCUUUUACAAGAGAGUUUAGCCAAACCUCUCGGGUACCUUGAUACUAGCCCCUCCACUCCAGGAUCAUCAGGGGAUGCCACUCCAGCCCCUAGUUCAACACACACUCCUCCUUACUUGCCUGCUUCUGACAAAGAGUUGACCUCUGAUAAUAAGGAUCAAAUUAGCAGAAGUGAUGAGGUGAUAGCUAAAUCAAGCAGAACCAAGCCAAAUAAUUCUGGUCAACAAGAUUUGACAGAAAAGGGAGACAACUCUGAUCUACCUGCCUCAAAUGUAGAAGUCAAAGGCAAUCAGCCUGAUGAGGGAAGUCUACUGACCAAUACUGACCGGCCAAGGAGAGGAAGGGAGCAAAGGAAAUCUGUUAAGUCUGAUGGACCACUAACGCCCCAACCAAUUAGUACUUAUCAAAGGGUGCGACUUCUUUGUUCGCCACUGAGGAAACCUGAGGGAAACAUCAAUAAGCCAUUGUUUAAAACAAUGGUUGAAUCAAUGAUGCAGAAGAUAAUGGCUUCACCGGGCAUCAGUUUCCAGACCCUGUGUGAGAAUUACACACCCUACAACCCGCCAUUCUUAAAACUACAGAUACUGGAGAUUCUGGAAGACAUUAAGGCUGUCAAGAAGAGUAUUUUAAGACAACAAAUCAAGCCAACUCUUUUCAGCAAACGAGUCAGUCCCCAACUAGUUACAAUAGACAAAGAUGAUGAUACAGUUGUUUACUUCCCAACCGAAGUAUGCAUCACAAAACUUGGACAGUUCAUGGAAGCAGCUACAAGAUCGAGACUCAAAGGAUACAGAGAAACAACUAGACCCUGGACGCUUCCAGAGAAGCUGCUAGACUCUGAAAACGAAUCUGGAGAUGCUGAAUGA